AUGUUGUAUCCGUUCGCUGUUGUAAGAAGCCGUUUACAACUUCAGAAACAACAUGCAGUCUACAAAAACACUCUGGAUGCAUUUGUGAAUAUAUCUAAAAAGGAAGGGAUACGUGGGCUAUUCAGGGGAUUCUGGGUGACAGUACCGCAACUAAGCACUUCGCUUAUCUAUUCUACAGUGUACGAGAAGUUUCGAUCAAUUCUAAAUCGAGAUUUUGGUAUUUACUCUGUCGCUGGUGUAUCUAGUCUAGCUGGCGGUGCCGCUAGCUUUUGUUCUCAGUCUAUAUUUGUCCCUACUGACAUUAUUGCGCAAUAUAUGAUGAUAUAUUACAAAGCCGAUAAAUUUGUUGCCGGGAGUGACAGAGGAGUUCUCAACUAUGUACUGAACGAAAAGAAUCCGCGGCUUACGCUAGGCUUACGUUUUAUCAGAGCUAUCUACAAAGUUGAUGGGCUCAGGGGAUUUUAUCGAGGGUUUUUCGCUUCUGCCAUGGUUGCUACUCCAUCAUGCUUAGUCUUCUGGCCUGUGUAUUAUUGGAUCCAAGACUUGUUCAACUGGAUACGCAAGAAAACUACUGAAAGGCCGGGAAUUCUCCUCUUUGAUCAGGCGGUGGCCGCUACCUUUGGUGGUGCUGUUUCUUCUAUCUGUACUAAUCCUAUGGAGAUGCUGCGCAUCCGACUGCAGGUAAAACUAGUACAGAGCGUUAACAUUUUGUAA